AUGUCCUUUAUCUUUCCAGGUAUUAGGUAUACUAUGUAUGGCUUUGGGAUCGCCGUGGUAUUCGACAUGGUUCGUGUUUGUAGCCGUCACGAGCUUCAUCACCACCCUCAUGUGGAGUUUCGUUUACUUCUUAAGUAUUAAAGAAGCACUAAAACUACCCAUUAAUUGGGUGCUAUCUGAACUGAUUAGUAACGCGCUGCAGUGUUUCAUGUAUCUGUUGGCAUUUAUUGUAAUGUUCAUAGCAACGGCAACUUAUUACGGUUCAUACCAUGCAAGCAAUGUGGCUGCUGCUGUGUUCGGUAUUUUCAACACUGUAGCGUACGGCGCCAGUUCUCUACUGCUGUUCAAAGAGCACAAGAGUUCGCAGACAGCACAGGCUUCAUAAGUACUAGAAGCCGAUUAUUCUCACCCGGCGCCCGUGGACACUCCAACACUAACCUCAACAGGAGCCUUUUAAAAUAUCAUUUGGAUUUGUUCCGCUUUCCACAUUGUAUUUCAUAAUUGUACAAAGCUGACUUGUUGAAAUUGAUAUUGAUCACGACAUUCAACUAUUUCGACACUUACGGUUUUAAACAUUUUACGCGUAUUUCGGGUUAAUGGGCUACAAACGUAACUGAUAAGCUUGACGUUGACACUAAGGUGUACGGGUAAGUAAUUUAUCGAAAUAUUUUCAAGCAUAAAACUUGAUUAAUAUAUUAUGUUACGAAUUUUUGUAAAAUAAUAUUUCUAUAUGUUGCACCGUUAUAUUUGUUAGAUAUUGAAUGAGUAUUGUUACGAUUUCAUUUAUCGAAAUCUGAAAUAAGACACUAAAUUAAUUUAUAAAAUUUAGCUAUUUACAGCACCGAGACGAUUAUUAUCAAUACCGAGACGAUAUUUUUAAAUUAAUUUGUAUCAUAACAUAAAGUACUGUUUAUAAGAUUACGAAGUCUUAAAAUAUCUUUGUUAAAUAAUGUACCUAAUAUGGCCAUAAAUCUUGAACACUUUAGAGACAAAUAUUUAGGGUUAAUUACUUCGUUGUGUUCAUUUAAAUUUUAUUUGUGGUGGAAUUAAUGUUUCAAAUCUUAUUUCAAUACACAUUAUAUCGUAGAUAAGUGGGUGAUUAUUUAAUAGAGUUUACAAUAAUGGAAUGUAAUGUAUUCAUCUAAAUAUUUGUAGUAAAAAAAUUGUACACGUAUUAUUUGGAAAGGUUACAAACCUCACAUGCCCCAUAUAUAUAGACAUAAAAGCUCUAUGGUUCCAAAGAAAAAUACUGCAUGAAAUUUCAAUGAAAGCUGAAGCAUUUGCAAUAAUGUCAAUUUAAAUGGAUAAAUUUAAAUUAGUACCUAUUUUCUUAUUUUAAGGUGUAUUAUUUAACUUAGUUUAGUCAUAUAAAUACAUAAUUUAUUUUUACGGUUGUUAUCAAUUUCGUUAGCCUAGUCUUACAAUGAAACAAUAAAGAUUAUAGGUAUUUAAUGUCAAAUUAAAUGUUAAUGUCGUUUGUUGAAUCGAUAUACCUAUACAAAGAGAUUAAACAUCUGUUAGCGUUACACAUGUAUUAAAUUAAAAUAUACCUAUCUAUAAUACCUACGUACAGUUAUAAAUAUGUAGAGUGGAAGCGUUAAAUCUAAUAGAUGAGUAUUUUGCCGUUUAAGGGAUAUUCCAAAAAUAUUACAUAAUCUAUACUAAUAUUAUAAAGAGCAAGCAGCAGCAAGUUUGUGAGUUGAGAGUUUGAUUGUGGGUUUUUAGGGGUUAAUCUUUAAAACUUCUUAAUCAAACUAAUAGGAAGCUACAUUACUCCUGAAUGUUAUAGGCAAAUUUUUUUAUCCCGGGAAAAUAUUUAUUCCGGAAAAACAUUUUCACUUAACUGUGAAUAUGAAAGUUUGAAACAAGGAAGAAAGUAUAGUUCUGCUUUUUGUUUGUGAAACUAAAACCUAUGCCUAAAAACGAGCGAUAUCUCGUACUACUUAUGUAUAGUGCCUUUCUGCUGUUUACAUUAUUCAAUCUGUAUGUAGGUAUUCCAAUAUUUCAUUAUUAAAGUCUAUACUAGGUUCGGUCUUUUUAAUAUUUAUUUAUUAUUUAUACAGUCAUGUUAAAAAUAUCGAACUAUCUUUUGUUAAAGUAAAACGUAUAAAACUACUUAAUGCUUGCUUACGCACUAAUGCACAUAAUUGAAAAUUAUUAAUGUUCAAUAUAUAAAUUAGAAACACAAACGUUGCAACCCUAUUAUGUGAUUUAAACUAUUGCUCUGGGUUGCGUAGGUAUUGCGAUAUGAAUCUCUUGCAUUUGAUUGUAAACAAUUUUAUUAAACAUUAAAGCCAACAAAUACAGGUAUUUUGGACGUUACAUAGUACUCUUGCAGUAUCGGUGUUCUUAUUUUUCUAUAAUCAGAUUAUGCAUGUUCUAAUAAUAUACCUAUGUUAUAUUUUUUUAAAGUACUGAAACAUGUAGUUUGAAAUACCUUUACUUCGAAUAGAUAUUUAAGAAAUUGUAAUUGUAAACUAAUUUGUAAAAAGUUAAUAAAUAUAUUUUAACAUUAUAAUAUUAUAA